AAUAUUCACAAGUUAGUUUUGAUUUUCAACUGUUUCUCGCUAUAUAUUAUGGUAUGCCACAUUUGAUUUGGGUAAAAUGAAUCAAAGAAUUGUAACAGUUUUUGGAGCCACUGGUUUUAUUGGAAGAGAGUUUUUGCGUUGUUUGGAUAGAGAGAAAAGGGACUUUUCAGUCGUGCGAAUACUAUCCAGAAAAAAUAAAGACAUCUCGUUCUUAGAGGACUUAAACUUGAACAUAGAAUAUAUUCAAGGUUCCAUCACCUCCCAGAAAGAUGUCGAAACUGCUAUUAAGGGGGCAAGUCAUGUAGUCAACUUGGUCGGCAUUUUGUAUCCAACUAGAAAUAGUUCUUUUGACUCGAUACACCACGAGAGUGUGAAGAACAUAGCCCGCAUAUGUAACAGUGGUAGUGUCCAGCAGUUUGUGCAUAUAUCAGCUUUAGGAAGUUCUUUAGACUCUUCUUCAGAAUAUGCUAGAACCAAAGCUUUGGGAGAAAAAGCUGCCUUGUCACUGUUUCCUCAAUCCACCGUAUUGAAGCCAUCCAUUGUUUAUGGACCAGAAGACGACUUUUUCAAUCGCUUCUAUCGUAUGGCCAAAAUAUCACCUGUACUACCUCUUGUAGGAGGAGGACAAACCCAAUUUCAACCUGUAUAUGUUAGUGAUGUUGCACAAGCAAUUUUGGUUUGUUUAGAUGAAAAACAAAGUGUUGUUGGUGGCAAAGUAUAUGAACUAGGAGGACCUCACGUGAAAACAUUUCGCCAAUUAUUGAGACUAAUGCUCCGUUAUUCAGAUCCUCCCUUGAAAAGACUGUUGGUUCCUAUGCCUUUUUGGCUGGCCAAGACUCAAUCUAUUGUGUUUGAACUUGCUCAUCAGUUAUUUGGAGUUGCUCCCAUGCUAACCAUGGACCAAGUGGAACUCUUAAAAACUGACAAUAUUGUCACUGCAGGAAGCCUGAAUUUGUUAGAUUUGGGAAUUACACCUAAAAAACUGUCAAAGGAUACUUUGUCUUAUUUGAAAAGUUGACUUUUGUAAAGGCGUAGGAUAUUCUCUUUUAUAGAGCAUUCUAGACGCGGGAAUUGUUGUUCAUUUCA